AUGCCAGUGGAGCGAAAGAAACGGCCUCAGCAGCCGUAUAAUCGUUUUGAGACGAUGUCCAAACUAGGGGAGUUUGAAGUUAUAAAAAAAAUUGGUCAAGGUACUUUUGGUGUGGUCCAAAAGGCCAGAAAUCGAAAAACCAAGCAGUUGGUGGCUCUCAAACAGCUCAUCAACCACUCAGCCAAGGAAGGAUUCCCAAUCACAGCAAUGAGAGAGAUCACAAUUCUUAAAAAUUUGGAGCACAAAAACGUUCUUAAGAUCACUGGCAUGAUAUAUGAAGAGGCGAAGGCAGAUUUACCUGAAGAUGCCGUUCGUCAGAGAGGAUGCUUUUACACCAUUUCACCUUACAUGUCGCUAGAUUUGGUCGGGCUCCUAGAAAACCCACAAAUUGAGCUAUCUGUACCAAUGGUAAAGUGUAUUAUGAAGCAGCUUCUUCAGGGAGUCGACUACAUCCAUCAGAUGCAUUACUUACACAGAGACAUCAAAGCCGCCAACAUUCUCAUUGAUCCUCAUGGAGUUGUCAAAGUUGCCGAUUUUGGUCUUGCUAGAAUAUACCAUGGGAGAACUCCAAAGAAAGGCAUGGGUCCUGGGGGAGGUGAAAGAGCAUAUACGGCUUUGGUAGUAACCAGAUGGUAUCGAUCUCCUGAAUUACUUUUAGGAGAGCGCAAGUACGGCACAGCAGUAGACAUGUGGGGUGUAGGCUGUGUGUUUGGUGAGCUCUUUACGAAGAAACCGAUCUUGGUUGGCUCUUCAGACUCAAAUCAGGCACAGCUUAUCUUUGAUAUGGUGGGACCGCCAUCAAGAGAAAAUUGGGCUUCAGCUUCGCUUCUACCGAACAAGCAGGACCUCAACAUUGGACUCACAUGUAAGAGGACGCUAGAAAGCAGGUUCGUUCCUCUAAUGGGCGAAGCGGGCGUGCUGCUUUUGGAUAAACUCCUCACGCUAGAUCCUGCCAAGCGCUGGAACGCUCAGGAUGCGUUGGAGCACGAAUACUUCAGGUCAGAUCCUAAGCCUUUGGACCCAAAGGAUAUGCCGGUGUUUGAGGAAAGUCAUGAAAUCGACCGUGAGCGGUUCAAGAGACAGCGCACUGAAGGCACAGAGUCUGAGCUGGAGAAGAAGCCUAAGGUCGAUGGAUAUAUGAGCAGGCUGCAUCGCACAGGGGUCUCUGGUAUCAGAACAAAGCCAGCAAAACCUAGGUAUUAA